CGCCGCUCGCCCGAGCUCAGUUGGAACGCGGCGACCGGGGAGGGGGGCGGUGUGCUUUUAAAGGCGCUAGCCAGUACGCUCUGGACCUAAAUUGCUGCUGCCUCUGAGCUUGCUCCCGCGCUUUCGGCAUCCGUGUCGCCUCACCAGUAUGGCUCAGGCUGAAUUUGACAAAGCUGCUGAGGAGGUGAAGCGCCUCAAGACCCAGCCAACUGAUGAAGAGAUGCUGUUCAUCUACAGUCACUUCAAACAAGCUACUGUGGGCGAUGUAAAUACAGAUCGGCCGGGGCUGCUGGACCUCAAGGGCAAAGCGAAGUGGGAUUCAUGGAACAAGCUGAAAGGGACUUCCAAGGAAGAUGCCAUGAAGACCUACGUGGAAAAGGUAGAAGAGCUAAAGAAGAAAUACGGGAUAUAAAUGACCAGAUCUGGUGGCCGGCCAGCCACACGUGUGACCUAUGAGGACAUAAUGCCUUGGUUUUUUCUAAUGUAGAUGAUACGGCUCUGAUAUAUUAGGGCCAGAGUUAAUCGCUCUCCUCCCUGUUUAGUUUUUACGUGAAAUCAAUUAAAAGUACAUUUGUUACUCUG